CUAUUUUUUUUUCUCUUGAGGUAGUGAAAAGAGAAUCCUGAAGAAUAGGAUCUCAAGAUGAGUAAAAAGCCCCCAAAUCGUCCUGGAAUCACUUUUGAGAUUGGUGCUCGUUUGGAGGCACUGGACUACUUACAAAAAUGGUAUCCAUCACGAAUUGAAAAAAUUGACUAUGAGGAGGGCAAGAUGUUGGUCCAUUUUGAGCGCUGGAGUCAUCGUUAUGAUGAAUGGAUUUACUGGGAUAGCAAUAGAUUGCGACCCCUUGAGAGACCUGCAUUAAGAAAAGAAGGGCUAAAAGAUGAGGAAGAUUUCUUUGAUUUUAAAGCUGGAGAAGAAGUUCUCGCUCGUUGGACAGACUGUCGCUAUUACCCUGCCAAGAUUGAGGCGAUUAACAAAGAAGGAACGUUCACAGUUCAGUUUUAUGAUGGAGUAAUUCGUUGUUUAAAAAGAAUGCACAUUAAAGCCAUGCCUGAGGAUGCUAAGGGGCAGGUGAGAUCCCAGCAUCCACUAAGCUGGUGUUGUCCUAUCGACCCAGCUGGAGCGUGUAACCAGUCUAUGGGAAGGGAGGAUUGGAUAGCUUUAGUCAAAGCAGCUGCUGCAGCUGCAGCCAAGAAUAAAACAGGGAACAAACCUCGAACCAGCGCUAACAGCAAUAAAGAUAAAGAGAAAGAUGAGAGAAAAUGGUUUAAAGUACCUUCAAAAAAGGAAGAAACUUCAACCACUAUAGCCACACCAGAAAUUGAGAAGAAGGAAGAUCUGCCCACAUCUAGUGAAACAUUUGUAGGACUUCAUGUAGAGAACGUUCCAAAGAUGGUCUUUCCACAGCCAGAGAGCACAUUAUCAAACAAGAGGAAAAAUAAUCAAGGCAACUCAUUUCAGGCAAAGAGAGCUCGACUUAACAAGAUUACUGGUUUGUUGGCAUCCAAAGCUGUUGGGGUUGAUGGUGCUGAAAAAAAGGAAGACUACAGUGAAACGGCUCCAAUGCUGGAGCAGGCGAUUUCACCUAAACCUCAAAGUCAGAAAAAAAAUGAAGCUGACAUUAGCAGUUCUGCCAACACUCAGAAACCUGCACUGUUAUCCUCAACUUUGUCUUCAGGGAAGGCUCGCAGCAAGAAAUGCAAACAUGAAUCUGGAGAUUCUUCUGGGUGUAUAAAACCCCCUAAAUCACCACUUUCCCCAGAAUUAAUACAAGUCGAGGAUUUGACGCUUGUAUCUCAGCUUUCUUCUUCAAUGAUAAAUAAAACUAGUCCUCCACAGCCUGUGAAUCCCCCUAGACCUUUCAAGCAUAGUGAGCGGAGAAGAAGAUCUCAGCGUUUAGCCACCUUGCCCAUGCCUGAUGAUUCUGUAGAAAAGGUUACUCCUCCCUCUCCAGCCACUGAUGGGAAAGCAUUCUCCAUCAGUUCUCAAAAUCAGCAAGAAUCUUCAGUGCCAGAGGUGCCUGAUGUUGCACAUUUAUCACUCGAGAAGCUGGGACCUUGUCUCCCUCUUGACUUAAGUCGUGGUUUGGAAGUUACAGCACCACUAGCCCCAGAUCCCUCUUUCCAUAAUGAAUGUCCCAGGGCAGAAAAGGAAGAUACACAGAUGGUUACAAAUCUUCCUCCCAAAGCAGUAACCGAUGGAAGAGGAGCUGCAGCAGCAUCAGGAAUAUCGAAAACAGAAAAAAAAGUGAAAUUGGAAGAAAAAAGCUCAACAGCAUUUGGUAAGAGAAAAGAAAAGGAUAAAGAAAGAAAAGAGAAGAGAGACAAAGAUCACUAUAAACCAAAACAGAAGAAGAAGAAGAAGAAGAAAAAGAAAUCUAAGCAGCAUGACUAUUCAGACUAUGAAGACAGUUCCCUAGACUUUUUGGAAAGGUGCUCUUCUCCACUAACUCGAUCUUCUGGGAGUUCUCUGGCUCUGCGAAGCAUGUUUACGGAGAAAAAUACAACAUAUCAGUACCCAAGGGCAAUUUUGUCAGUUGAUCUUAGUGGUGAAAACUUAUCAGACGUGGACUUCCUAGAUGACUCUUCAACAGAGAGUUUGCUCCUCAGUGGGGACGAGUACAAUCAGGACUUUGAUUCAACCAAUUUUGAGGAAUCCCAGGAUGAAGAGGAUGCUCUUAACGAAAUUGUGCGAUGUGUCUGUGAGAUGGACGAGGAGAACGGCUUCAUGAUUCAGUGUGAAGAGUGCCUGUGCUGGCAGCACAGCGUGUGCAUGGGGCUGCUGGAGGAGAGCAUCCCAGACCAGUACAUCUGCUACAUCUGCCGAGACCCUCCUGGUCAGAGAUGGAGUGCAAAGUAUCGUUAUGAUAAGGAUUGGUUGAAUAAUGGGAGAAUGUGUGGGUUAUCAUUUUUAAAAGAAAAUUACUCUCAUCUCAAUGCCAAAAAGAUAGUCUCCACACAUCACCUGCUCGCUGACGUCUAUGGAGUUACAGAGGUACUGCACGGGUUACAGCUGAAGAUUGGAAUACUGAAGAAUAAACAUCAUCCUGACCUGCAUCUCUGGGCUUGUUCUGGGAAGCGGAAAGAUCAAGAUCAAGUAACUGCCGGGGUAGAGAAAAAAAUAACAGUGUGCGACACGGUUAAUGUGGAAGAAAAGAAAUAUCAUGUACAAAACCAUAAGGAACCACCUCGUUUGCCCCUAAAAGUGGAAGGAACUUACAUAACAAGUGAGCACAGCUACCAGAAGCCACAGAGCUUUGGUCAAGACUGCAGAUCUCUUGUGGACCCUGGGAGCUCAGAUGACGACGAUGGCGUUAGCAGUUUUGAAGACGAACAGGAAUUCCACGUGAGAGAGAGAAGCCGCUCACGAUACCCAGCAAAGGACGAUGGAGUGCCCGAAAAGAAGAAUACAGCUGAAAGAAAUACAGCAUUUGUUUACAAUGAUAAAAGGGGCGCUGAAGACCCCGGGGACGCACAUCUUCAGUGGCAGCUCAAUCUCCUUACGCACAUAGAGAACGUGCAGAAUGAGGUCACCAGCAGGAUGGACCUGAUAGAAAAAGAAGUUGAUGUUCUGGAAAGCUGGCUUGAUUUCACGGGGGAGUUGGAGCCACCUGAUCCACUUGCCAGGCUGCCCCAACUUAAACGCCACAUCAAACAGCUCCUGAUUGACAUGGGCAAAGUACAGCAGAUAGCAGCUCUCUGCUCUGUAUGACAGCAGUGAACAGCUAAUGCAGUGAAUGUGGCUCUGUUCAGUCGACUAAUUUUUAUUAUCCACGUGGCUGCUAAGUGGAUAGAUAAAAAGCUUAGUGAUGUUUGGUCAUUUACUGAUUUGUGACAUCAAUAGGAUGGCACUGUGGAAAGGAAAAGAACAACUUUAUCAAGGAAGCUAAUAUAAAAAAAAAAGUGUGAGCAAGAUCAUAUGCCAGGAUCAGUAGAGGUAGAGUAUAAUCUGCGCUAAGGGAGCCAGGUUGGCAGGAAUGUUGAAUAGUUGCUAACGUGAAGCUGGAGAUACCUGUAGAAAGACAUACGGUGUAUUUAUAUAGUUUUUAGCAAAAAGGUCUAUGUCUGUAAACCAGCAUUUGGCCAAAAACAACAUUGUAGAGGCAAUUUAAAUUCUGGAGAGUUCUAUAAGGUUGUGUAAGAACUGUCUUCUCUGCAGUUGAUCCAACUACACUGAAGUUUAUAGAGUAUUUAAACUUUUAUAGGAUCAUGAGCUGUUUCUUAGGUGAUGAAUGUCCUUAAUCAGAAAACUGACAGUAGAAGUCUCACUUCUGAGGGAGACAGUUGUGGGCUUCUUACUUCAUUAUGAAUAUAUUUUAACAACAAUGAAAUAAUUGGAAUUUAUUGCUGACGCUAAGCUCACUGUAAAAACAGAAUGGCUUGCAGAAGGGUCACUGUGCCAAAUGAUGAUGAUACUGCUGGAAAGAGAAUUUUAAAUCCCGUGGGAGUUCUCUCGCCCAGGUCUUACAUGAUGCCAUCAGUCCAUCAGAAAUGCAUAUGUCACAUAUACUAUUUAUGGAAUAUAUAGAGUUGAAUUUCAGUAUUCAGGCUUCAACGUACAGUUUGAUCCUGAGUAUGCCUGGUGUUUGCCUUCAGAAAAAAAAAUUGUAAAUAACCUCAGCUGGGAUGAGGAGUGACAGAAAUAUCAAAGUAAUUUGUGGCUGUGGAUUUUUUUAACUGCUGGUAGUGGAAAUACUGGAAAAGCUUCAUUUCUGAAGAUGAAUUUUAUUUUUAAAAAAUACAUACGCACUCAAAACUUUUAGCUUUGGUCACAAGUGGACAGAUUUCUGAAACCAAAGGCAACAAAGUUGCUGUGUCAGCUCUUGCUGGAUUUUGAGCCCAGGUCCUCCCGUCUGCCAGUGCUCUUGUGACUUGUGUGCCGCCCCCAGUGCUUCACGCGCAGGUGUGCGUCAAGUGUGUGUGCUUGUUUGAAACAGACACUCAACUCAGCGUACGUAUGUACAUAACCUACACAUAUUUAUAUAUCUACACAUGUCUAGUUUUAUUACUAUAGACCAUAAGAAUUGGUGGUUAACAUGAAAUGUUACCUUUCAACAGACUGUUUUUAAAAACUAAAAAUGUAUGUACAGGUUUUGAAACUUUUUUUAAAAAGGGGAAAAAAGACUGUUAAGAGGAGGCUAUUUGGUGACAUGUAACACUUGAAUAUUUUAUGCCUCAUUCUGUUUAUCAGUUCUAGCGAUCUGUAUAAAUGCAUUUUAGAACUGAUAGACAGUAAACUUGAAUUUAUCUUUGAUAAGAAUACAUGCCACUGUACAUUCAGAUAUUAUUUAAAUUUGCAAACACACUGUUCUAUAUGUAAGGUACUGUAUGUAAAACUCUUUAUUAAAACUAUUCCACAUAUCCUAAAAUUUCAGCUUGCCUUUUUGCAGCCUUAUAUUUUGAUGUAAAAAUGAUUAAAAGAAUGUGCAAAACAGUCAUUAGAAAUUUGUAUUGCCUUUUGAGAUUCUCCAACUUGACAGAUGUGCCAAAGAUCACAGAUACAAAAUACGUCCUGUGUAUUUACUUACGAUACGUUAACUUUGUCAAAGAUCUUACUGAGAAAUGAAAAGCUUUAGUAGAGGUGAUAUGAGGUAGUUAUUAAAUAUGCAUAUUAAAGUAAAAAUAGUGCCUAUAUUUCAUGUGUGGAGUAAACUUGCUAAUGUCUAUAUUUUAAGAUUGAUAGUUUAUCUUUCAUUUGUGUUUUAAAGUAAUGGCUCUGAUCUUCUAUUGUGGUUAAAUUCUAGACAUGUAAUGUAUAUCUUUUUUUUCAGAAUGGAGCAAAUAGCAUCCUUAACAAGCUAUGAAUAGUGGUGUUGCCUAGAUUCUUCUCACAUACACAGAGAGCCCUGUGUACCCAGUAACACUCAUAUUCUCAAUUCCUGAUGACCACAGCUAAGUUAAUGUGCAUUUGUUAUUGGGGUGUCUUAAAUUAGAUUGCUGUGUUUAUUAGCAGCCCGCAAACUGGAAGUUCCGUUACUACGUAGGAUAUUGAAUUUUUGCUCUGCUUUUAUAUAUAGGAAUUGAAAUUCUGAAUUUUUUAAUUUAUAUUUUUAAAGCAAGUCUGUAUCAGAUUACUUGUAUGCACAUACCCAUUUAAUAGAGAGUGUGUCAACAAUUGGUAGCAGCCUUUUAGCAACUAGUCAGCUGAGUGAUUCCUUAAGAGAGUCAACUUGAUUUUGAGAAGUAAGCCCACUGGGAGAGGUUUCAGAUGAGCUGGUUUUCUUUCUACUUAGUCUUGCUUAAAAAGUAUGAGUAUAUAAAUUUAAGUAAAAGCAAUAAACUAGGAAGGGUGUUUCUUGACAAGGUAGCUUUUCGUUGCUACCCAGACAGAGCACUGGUGGGGAGGUAACCUUCCUAGUACGUUACUGAGGAGUAAGAUGUGUACUUCUUCAUACUCAUGUGUGGUUCCACUGGCUCAUUAUUUUCAAACUUAAGAGUAAUGCACUCUUUCCUUAAAGAAAAUUGAGUAUUCUCUUAAUUUCAGGUAGAAUCCUUUUUCCUAACAUGAUUUCCACUGACUUAUGUCCUCUCAGAUGUUCAUAUUCCAUAUGUUCAAAAUGUAGGUCCCCUGUCUCCCCCAGUCAACUGGGUCUCCUGCCAUCUUCACACUCUCUGCUUUAAUAGCAUCCCAAGAGCCCUGGCUUGAAACUCGCAGUCCCCGCCGUUACCCGUUCCAUCACCGGAUGUUCUGGUUCCUCAAAAUGGGUGGUGUCAUCUUCCUCCUCCUCAGUCCUGCUUAGUAGUCCAUUGUCUGUAAACCAUCAUGGAGCUUCUGAAAUUUUAAUUUUGCCUUCAUUCUGACUCAUCAGAAUGGCUACUGUCAAGCUGGAGGACUGGUACUGGGUAACUGCUCCAUGCCAGGUGUUGUGCAUGUUACCUGGAGCAUCUAAUUUAGUUCCUUUGUUGAGAGGUGAAGCAGGGUCAUUUUCAAGAUGAGGAAGCUGAGGUUUAGAAACCUUUAGAAACAUGUCCCGUGUUAAGUAGCAGGUUCAAGAUGCAAACCCCGCGCUAUUCAAACGCGUGUCCUUUUCCUAGCAGGGCUGUCUCGACUAUCUUGUCAUUUCCGUUUUCUUCUCUGAAACCAUCUCCCUGUUUCAACCCAAGUCAGGUCUGUGUAAUCUGGACCUCUUGUGCAGACUUCACCUAACCAGUUCUCAAAUCCAUGUAAACAGAGCCUCGCUCUUCAGAUAGACUAUGCUUGUUUCUGUCUCUUGCCUUCGUAUCACUUUCCUCUUCUGGAAAAUUCUCCUUUGUUGGGUCUCUACAAAUCCAGGCAAUUCUUCAGGCUUUAGUUUCUCUUCCUAAGAGAAGCAGUCUGUUAUUAGAGGCCUCUUGCAGUACCCUAUGUGGUACCAAGCUAUGGAGGAACUGCGUCAGGGAGCAACGAUUUCAUAAACUGGAGCAGCAUGAGCUUUGCAGUUCUCGGGUUUUCACUCUGACAGUUCUCUAGCAGUGAUCUGCCUGAGCACUGGUUUUCUUAUCUAUAAAGUGGGAAUAAUAUCUAGCUUAGAACCUGGUUUUGAGAGUUAAAUGAAGCAAAUUAAGUACCUAAAUUAUGAAGUUGAAAGUUAAAUAUAGUAGACAUAUUGAAUGGCAUCUGUGUGGCAGCCCUUGAGUUCUGUGGUUUGAUAUGAAAUUAGUGUUAAUAGGAUCACAGUCUGUAGACCAAUGGAAACAAAAAAACAUAUUUUUUGACAGGAUCAGUUAUAUCAAAGAGUGCAAGGAACCAAAGAGGCAAAAGAAAGGAAAGAUAAUAGAUUUGUAGGUUGAGGGGAUUGGGGGCACUGAAAUAAUGUGUUAAUUAAAACAGUGGUCUUUGAAUGUUUUCUGACUAUGACCUCUCUAUGGGAAUUUUGAAAAAUUAGAAUCCAUUUCUGGUACCUGUUGUCUUUGGGUUCCCCUGAAAGUAGAUCUGAAGACAAGAUUUAAGUGUCCUUAAUGUAUUUAAGAGAUCCCCUAAGGAAGUUGGAGUGAGGAAGACGGAAAAGUAGGGCUGGGGAGGAAAAAGCCAAUGUCAAUAUGUACAACUGAGGACACUGCUAGGCACAGUGGGGCUUUGUUUCUGCCACUGAAAAUUGUUCACUGUAAAUUGAAACAGUUGCAAAGGGUAUGAUUUCUAAUUUGUAAAUACUGGCCUAGUGAAAAAUCAGCCUGUUACCAUUUUUAAAUAUAUGAAAUAGAAUCAGUACAAUUUUGCAACUUAACAUCUCUUUUAAAAAUACAUAAACAAGCUCUUCCUUAGCAUUUGGAAAUUUUACAAGUUUUAUAUUCUCUUUUUUGUCUUUCCAUUUUGCUUCCUAAUAGAAUGUUACCUUCUUUUAUACCUUACAGGUCUUUAUCUAUCAUCCUCUGAUUCUUUUGUCCACACACACACACACACACACAAAGUAAAUUGAAAUUUUAAAAUGUAUUUAUAGUCCUCUUAAUAGAGUAUCAAAAUGCAUGACACAAACACUAAUAUCAUUGAAUAGAAAAUAGAAAAAUGUACAAUUAUAAUUGAAGAUUUCAACCCUCCUUUAACACUAAUUGAUAGAACAAAAGUAGAAGGAAAUCAGGAAUCAGGAUAGAAGACUUGAACAAAAAUGAACACUCAGCUCAACCUAAUUGACAUUGAGAGAAUGUUCCACCCAGCGACAUGAGAAUACAAAUUUCCUUUUUAAGUACACAUGGAGCCCUCAGAAGGCAGACUAUAAAACAGUCUCUAUUCAUUUAAAAUUGAAAUCGUGCGUAACUUUUCUGACAACAAUGAAAUUAAACUGGAAAUCAGUAUUAGGUAUCUGAAAAGAACCCAGAAUGUUUGGAAAUUAUCAACAUACUUGUAAACAAUCCAAGAGUCAGAGAAAAGUUAAACUAAAAUCAAAAAAUAUUUAAUUGGAUGAAAAUGAAAAUACAUCAUGAUAAAUUUGUAGGAUGCUGAUGAAUAUUAGAGGGAAAUUUAUAGUUUUAAAUGCUUCACUAAAAAGAAAGUACACAAAUUUUAACUAGACUAUUGUGGUGAUCAUUUUGCAAUAUAUAUAAAUCCUGAAUUGUUAUGUUGUGCACCUGAAACUAAAAUCAAUUAUAUCUCAAUUUUCAAGAAUGGAAGUUUUAAAUAAGAAUACAAAAGUCACUGAUUAAAGAUUUAAAAACUAGAAAAACAAACAUAUUAAAACCAAAAUAAGUGGAAAAGGAAGGAAAUGUGCUAAAAUCAGUAAAACACUAAAUGGACAAACAAUAAAGAAGCAACAGUAUAAACAAAAAAGCUGAUUCUUUGAACAGAACAAUAAAUAAAAGUGGUUAACUCCUACAUAUACUGAUCAAAAAUUAGAAUGAAAGAGGGAAUAUUACAACAUACCCAACACAGUUUCUAAAAGGAAUAUUAUGAAAAACCAUAGGCCAAUAAAUUUAAUAGCUUACAUGAAACAAAAUUUUCUCAAAAGAUGCAAAUGACCAAAACUUCAUAAACAUUGAAUUUGUAAUUGAAAAUGUUCCCUCAAAACUCAAGGCCUAAAUGUGAAUUCUGUCAAAACACUUAAGGAAGAAAGCUUGAUAUUACACAAACACUGACAGAAAAUAGAGAAGAAAGGAACACUCUUUUUGAGACAAUUUUGACCUCAUACGAGAAUCAGAAGAAAACACCACAAGGGAAGAAAAUUACAGACAAGUACAUAACCCCCCGAACACAGACACAGGCGUCAAGAAAACAGUACCCACGUGGAUCCGGUGGUCUGUAGUAAUGAUACGGUAUCAGGGUCAAGCUGAGUGUUCCACAGGGAUACAGAGUUGGUUUACUGUCAAUAAAAUAAUGAAAUUAUUAUGUUCAUCUCAAUAAAUUAAGAUAAAGCUUUUCAUAAAUUUCAGCAUCCAUUCAUGAUUAAAAACUAAAAGGAAAAGAAUAGAUAGGAAUUUACUUAACUGUAAAGGGCAUCUAUCAAGACACUUAACCCUCAUAAUGGUAAAUGAAUACUUUCCUCCCUAAAAUACGGAACAAGUCCAGAAGGUUGUCCGCUAUCAACACUUCUAUCCAGCAUGAAUCUGGAGGUCCCACUAGUGCAAUAUGGUGCUGGGUAAUGAAGACAAAUAAAAAGCAUCCCACUUGGAAAGGAAGAAGAAACAUUUGCAGGUGACAGUUUAUAUACAUGAAAAAGUCUAAGGAACCUACCAAGAUGCCACUAGAACUAAUAUUUCUAUACAUUAGCAAAGAGCUAUUGGAAAUAAGAAUUUUUGGAAAAAAAUUCCAUUUUCAGUAGUAUCAAAAAAAGAAUACUUAAGGAUAAGUCUGAAAACAUAAUGCAGAACCUGUACAUUGAAAACUACAAAAACAAUACCUAUAUAAUAAAGAGAUACAGGAACAGAAAGAAACACUAAGAUCAUGGGUUGGAAGAUGUAAUACUGGUAUUAUGUCUCCUGAAAUGAAGCGAUAGUGCAAUCCCCAGCAAAAUUCCAGCAGACUUUCUGAAAUAGAAAUUAGCAAGCUGAUUUUAAAUUUUGUUUGGAGGUAUAAAGGACCUUGGAAUACUCUAAGCAAUUCUGAAAAAGAAGAACUAAAGUAGAGGGACAUACAAUUUCUGAUUUGGAGGCUUAUUACAAAGCUGUAGUAGCCAAGACAAUGUAGAGGUAGCCUGGAGGCAGAUGUGGAUUGAUAGUACAGAAUAGGGAAUCUAGAAAUAGACCUAAAAGACUAUAGUCAGUUGAAUGAAGGAGAGUUCCUGUUGUUCCACAUCCUUCCUUUCCAGCAUUUGGCGUUUGCCAGUGUUUUGGAUUUUAGCCACUUUAAUAGAUGUGCAGUGAUACCUACUUUUAAUUUGCAUGUAGAUAUCCAAUUGCUCCAGUGCCAUUUCUUCAAUAUUAUCUUCCCUUUGAGUUACCUAGGUGCCUUUGUCAAAAAUCAAUUGACCGUACAUCCGUAGGUUUAUUUCCGCACUCAGUACUCCCUUCCUACUGAUUUAUGUCCUCAUGUAGAUAUCACACUGUCUCGAUUAAUGUAGUUUAAGAGUAAGAUUUGAUUAAUCAGGUAGUGUAAUUCCUUUAGUUAUGUUCUUUCUUACCUGUUUUUGCCAAUUCUAGGUAUUUUGCAUUUCUAUAAAAGUUUUAGGAUCAGAUUGUUAACUUCUUUUAAAAACCUGCUGGGAUUUUGACAGGAAUUGCACUGAAUCUACAGAUCAAUUACCAUCUUAACGCUAUUGAGUCUUAAUCCAAGAGCAUGGUGUGUUUCUUCGUUUAUUUAGGACUUAUGUAUUUUUUUCAGUAAUAUUUUGUAGCUUUCAUUGUUCAGAUUUUGCACUUAUUUUGUUAAAUUUAUUUCUAAGUUUUAUUUUCUUUGAUGAUACUAUAAAUGGAAUUGUAUUCUCAAUUUUGUUUUCAGAUGUUUAAUUACUAGAAUAUAAUAAAAUUGAUUUUUUAUAUCUUAUAUCCUGAGACAUUGAUAAACUCACUUAUUAAUCCUAGAAUUUUUUGCAUAUUUCCGAAUAUUUUCUAGGGCAGAAACUACGGAGACCUUAUAGGUAAAUGAAAUGUAAGAUCCUUGAUUGGAUCCUGGAACAACAAAAAAAAAGACAUUGGUGGAAAAAGUGGUGAAAUUCUGUUAAACUCUGUAGUUUACUUGAUAGUAUUGAUAGUUUUAGUUUUGAUAAUUGCAUUAUGAUCAUGUAAAAUGUUAAUAUUAGGUGAAAUUGAAGAGUAUAUGGGAAAUCUGUACUAUUAUUUCAACGUUGGGAUAAGUUGAAAAACUAUUUCAAAAUACAAAGUAAAAAAAAAGCAAUGAAACCAUGUAAAUUGUGGAUUUUAGUUUAAAAUAAUGUUUAAAUGUUGGUUCAUUAAUUGUAACAAACAUACCACACUAAUGCAAGACGUUAGUAAUAGUGGAAACUGUGUGGGAAAAGGAGGAAUAUGGGAACUUUCUGUACUAUGUGCUCAGUUUUUCUGUAAAUCUGAAACUGUGAAGUGUAUUAAUUAAAACAAGUUAAAGAAAAA